AUGGAUAGGGCAGAAUGCUCGCGGCGACUCCUGCUUUGCUUUUUGGUUGGUUGGGGAGGCAUCUUGUUGGUGUGGAUCGCAUUUUUCUACGGGAACUGGCCUGUGAUUUCCAUCGCUGACGCUGAUGUGUGUCCAAUCGGAUCGAGCCUGGGUGGAGAGGACACCUGCAAUGCCACUCGCCGGGAAGGCCAAUGCUAUGGCGGCACGCUGGAGAGCCCCUGCCGAUGUGCCGAGGGCUACCAGCCGCGUGUCACCAGGUUCACCUUAUCCUGGGAGGCCUACCACUUCCGAUGCUGCUCGAGCAGCGGGGGUGAAGGCCCGGUCGCCUGCGGCGACCCAUCCCUUCUGGCAGUCCUCGCUCCCCUCUGCCUGGGAGCCGGGGUCGUCGGAUGUAUCGCUUGCAUCUACCUCAUCAACUGUGCCAAGCCGAUCGUGGAAGGGUCCAGGCCCGAAGAUUCGGCUGCGGCAUCUCCCGUGCCACGGGAUGGGGCCAAGCUCCACGACAGCGUCGAGAUGAGGAGAUGGGCCGUGACUCUGAGCGACCUCCAACAAUUUCGGCGGCUUGUUCUUCAAGCGGUCCGUGAUGGCCGGAUCAAGCCUACCGACCGCGACCCCUUCGACCCCUCCGACUUUGUCAAGGGCCCGUCCAUGUAUACCGUGACGGAGCAGUACAUCAAGCCUGUCACCGAAGCUGCUGGAAAGAUGAGUUGGGCGCUGAUGAAGCAUCCGGACGGGAUUGACUGCGACCUCUUCAUCACCCAUGGCUGGGCGGAGGGCGUCUUUGAGUUCGCAGACAAGGUCACGUAUUGCUGGCCUCGGGGCGCCACGGCCGCCUAUGUCUGCUUCCUGUCGAACCCCCAGAACCUGGACAUCGGCCACCUCAUCGCUUCUCCCGAGGAGUCCCCGUUCGCGCGGGCGCUCACGGCCUCGCAGCAGAUGCUGGUGGUCCCGAACCAUCAGGCCAGCAUCUAUACCAGAAUCUGGUGUGUCUACGAAGCAUUCUUGGCCUACACGCUCAAGAAGCCCAUUCGCACGGCACUGUCGCCGGUCCUCCAUUUCUGGCCGCGUGUGCUGCGCGUCUUCUUCGCGUGCGUGGCCGCCCAUGGUCUUGGGUUCCUGGGAAGAAACCCUAAACCCUACACCCUACACCCGACACCCUAA